AUGCUCGGAUUUGGUACCUUCCUACUUGACAUCCGAGAUUUGAGCGACCUACGGCCCAAUUACUAUUAUCUGGAUACCGAGAUCUACAAGACACUUCCUAACUGGAGCCUUUUAGUCCCACCAGCCGCCACAUCAGCAGAAGCAGCCAUCAGUGGAGAGGUAUGGGCGGCUACAUUGGCUAACUUUACUCAUAGUGACGCUGAAUCCACCAAUAUCCGACCUAUCAUAAGAGAAGAAGGUGAAUCACAAGAUGAAUGGAAUCACCGCAAUUUGCAUCCAGAAGAUCAUUGGACAAGUGAAAACCCGUGUGUCGUCGAAAGACUGCAAAAGUCGUUCAAACAGGUACUGGAUGGUGAUGGGCGCUGGCCCGGAAGAGUAGCAGAGGUGGAAUGCCAUCAACAGUAUUGUGAGGUCCCUCUUGGCAAAAGCACUAUCAAAUUCAUCUUUGAUCCUUGUCUCUCCUUGGAUGAGGUUGGUAAUUUUUACACUGCCCAGCACAACAAAGAGCCCCCGUCUACAGAGGGAUUAUAUCCUGAUGAUGAUGAUUUAUUUGAGGACUAA